AUGCACGUGAGGCUGUUGAUGAGCUAUGCAUGGAGCCUUUGUCUCUGUUGGCGCAGAUGUGGAAAGACCAACGGUGGCUGGAAGGAAAAGAUGAGCCUGGUGCCAGGUUGUUGUAGAUCAUGCACCUCAGAGCGUGCAGGUUCAUUUGUGCAACAAGGCGAUAAUGGAUAUCCUAGUGAUCAGCUGAUAGCAUGCAGCACAUGUCAGGCAGAUAGUGCCCAGCUGGCACAGGAUGGCAUGCCCCUUGAAUGUGAGGCGAGCGCAAUGCCCGUUGAGCCGGGCUGCUCAAUUGGUUGGAUGAGCAGCCAGGUACCGAUUGUCUCCAAGCCCAGCACGGUGCACUAA